AACUGCACUAUUCUAGGCCAUGUUAUUAUGAGCUGUUUAAUGAAGACAGAAAUGCACAAAAUACAUUUCUAUCUCAAAUAUAUAUAUAUAUAUUUUUUUUGCUAUAAGACUUGUCUUAGGAUAGGAGAAUACUGAGUCGUGUUAUUCUGUUUGUGUUUCUUAUUGUCUUUUGACAUCACAAAACAUUUACUAAACAAAACAUGUUAACAACAAAGCUCAAGUUUUUAAAAAAAAUCUUUUUCAUUCAAUAUCUAUCCUCCAUGUGGUAUGAUAUACAAACAAACAAGUAAAUAAAAUGUUUACAUUUAUGUUUAUCAUGUGUUUGUUUUCAACAGGAAAUUGGCAGUUCCUACGCUGUGUGUAUGUGUCUGAUUACAACCUCCCCGGUGCUGCAGCUAACCACCCCACUGUAGCAGGGAUCAGUGGCAGUGAAUGAGCAGCUUAGCGUGUCGCUGUUAAUACCAACAAGAAAGAGAAGGAAGAAGGAGGGGGAGGAGGAGGAAUUAUUGAACUACUACUAGGACAGAGGGAUGCAGGAGUAAGGAGGACUGAGGAGAGGAGCAACAAUAGUCACAGGAGAAGGCAGAAAGAAAAAACAAAAGAUUUUUUUAAUGAGAGAGGAGGAGAGAAGGAUAAGUCAGAAGAGACAGGAAAGGAUGGAAAUAAGGGUUUCACUUCUCUCUAUCUACCACUGGAAUUAAUUUAACUUCACCUACUGAAGAACCCCUGCCUUUUCUCAUUUUCAGCUCUUCAUCACUCCAUCCACAGAAGACAUUGAGAACUCCUGCAGGAGAGUCUACAGAGGGAGAAGAAGGAGGAAGAAGUUCACAACACAAAAGGGUUCUUCAUGUAACCACUGAUGUCCAGCACGAAGCACAGUAACCAGAGCCAUGGUCAUUCUACAGCAGGGCGACUAUGUCUGGUUGGACUUGAAGAGUGGUCGAGAGUUCGAAGUUCCAGUUGGAGCAGUGGUUAAACUCUGUGACUCAGGACAGAUCCAGGUGUUGGAUGAUGAAGGAAACGAACACUGGAUUUCUCCCCAGAAUGCAACCAACAUUAAGCCAAUGCAUCCCACCUCCAUCCAUGGGGUGGAAGACAUGAUCCGCCUGGGAGACCUGAAUGAAGCUGGAAUUCUGAGAAACCUUCUGAUCAGAUACAGAGAGAAGCUCAUAUAUACAAACUGUGGAGGCCGGACCUACACUGGUUCCAUCCUGGUGGCUGUCAACCCCUAUCAACUGCUACCCAUCUACACAGCUGACCAGAUCCGCCUCUACACCAACAAGAAGAUCGGUGAGAUGCCACCUCACAUCUUUGCCAUCGCUGACAACUGUUACUUCAACAUGCAGAGGAACAAUCGUGACCAGUGUUGUAUCAUCAGCGGUGAAUCCGGAGCAGGGAAAACUGAGAGCACCAAACUCAUACUUCAGUUCCUGGCAGCAAUAAGUGGACAACACUCCUGGAUAGAACAACAGGUGCUGGAAGCUAAUCCCAUACUGGAGGCCUUUGGCAAUGCUAAAACAAUCCGCAAUGACAACUCGUCUCGAUUUGGGAAAUACAUCGACAUCCAUUUCAACAAGAGAGGAGCUAUAGAAGGAGCUAAGAUAGAACAGUACCUGCUAGAAAAAUCCAGAGUCUGUCGACAGGCCCACGAUGAGAGGAACUACCAUGUGUUCUACUGCAUGCUGAAGGGAAUGACUGCAGAGGAGAAGAAGAAACUGGGACUGAGCAAAGCCACAGAUUACACCUACCUGACUAUAGGUAACUGUACGGUGUGUGACGGCCGUGAUGACAUGAAGGAAUACUCCAACAUCCGCUCUGCCAUGAAGGUAUUAAUGUUUACAGACAAGGAGAAUUGGGAAAUUUCCAAACUCUUGGCUGCUAUUUUACACAUGGGAAACCUCCGAUAUGAAGCUCGGAGCUAUGACAACCUGGAUGCCUGUGAGGUUGUCCGCAGCCCUCACCUUAGCACUGCUGCUACACUGCUGGAGGUGGACAGUAAGGACCUGAUGAACUGUUUGACCAGUCGCACCCUCAUCACCAGAGGAGAAACUGUUUCCACUCCACUUAGCAUGGAACAAGCUUUAGACGUGAGAGAUGCUUUUGUCAAGGGUAUUUAUGGUCGUUUGUUCGUGUGGAUCGUGGAGAAGAUCAAUGCUGCCAUCUACAAGCCUAUGUCCUCACAUCCUAAAGUUAUGAGACGCUCUAUUGGACUGUUGGACAUUUUUGGAUUUGAGAACUUUGCUGUCAACAGCUUCGAGCAGCUUUGCAUCAACUUUGCCAACGAGAACCUGCAGCAGUUCUUCGUACGACAUGUCUUCAAGCUGGAGCAGGAGGAGUACAACCUGGAGAACAUCAACUGGCAGCACAUAGAGUUCACCGACAACCAGGACGCCUUGGAUAUGAUCGCCAUCAAACCCAUGAACAUCAUCUCCCUCAUUGACGAGGAGAGCAGGUUCCCCAAGGGGACUGACACCACGAUGUUGAACAAGCUCAACUUUCAACAUAAAGUCAACACUAACUACAUCCCUCCCAAGAACAACUACGAGACACAGUUUGGAAUCCAGCACUUUGCUGGAGUGGUUUUCUAUGAAACAAAAGGUUUUCUGGAGAAGAACAGAGACACAUUAUAUGGUGACAUCAUUCAGCUGGUUCACUCCUCCAAAAACAAGUUCAUCAAACAAAUCUUUCAGGCUGAUGUUGCCAUGGGGGCAGAGACCAGGAAGCGCUCGCCCACUCUGAGCAGUCAGUUUAAAAGAUCUCUGGAGCUGCUGAUGAGGACACUCGGCGUCUGUCAGCCUUUCUUUGUCCGCUGCAUCAAACCCAAUGAAUACAAGAAGUCCAUGUUAUUUGACAGGGAGCUGUGUGUGCGUCAGCUGAGGUACUCGGGUAUGAUGGAGACCAUUCGUAUCCGUCGUGCUGGAUAUCCCAUCCGCUACACCUUUGUGGAGUUUGUUGACCGGUACAGAGUUCUCAUGCCCGGAGUCAAACCAGCGUACAAACAGGAGGAUUUAAGGGGAACCUGUCAGAGAAUUGCGGAGGCAGUUCUGGGACGAGACGACGACUGGCAAAUGGGAAAAACUAAGAUUUUCCUAAAGGAUCACCAUGACAUGCUGCUGGAGAUUGAGAGAGACAAAGCCAUCACUGACAAGGUCAUCCUCAUCCAGAAGGUGGUCAGGGGUUUCAAGGACAGGUCCAACUUCCUAAGGAUGAAAAAGUCAGCGGUGUUAAUCCAAAAGACAUGGAGAGGAUAUCAGUGUCGGAAGAAUUACGGAGCUAUGCGAGCAGGCUUCUCCCGUCUACAGGCUCUGGUUCGAUCCAGGAAACUGUGUGCAUCCUAUCACGUGGCCCGUCAGCGGAUCACCGGGUUCCAGGGUCGCUGUAGAGGGUACCUGGUGCGGCGGGCGUUCAGACACAGACUCUGGGCAGUCAUCACCAUCCAGGCGUACACUAGAGGCAUGAUCGCUAGGCGGCUGUACAAGAGGCUGAAAGGAGAGUAUCGCAGGAGGCUGGAGGCAGAGAAAAUGCGUUUGGCUGAAGAAACCAAACUGAGGAACCAGAUGUCUGCGAAAAAAGCCAAAGUUGAGGCUGAACGCAAACACCAGGAGCGUCUGGCCCAGCUGGCCAAAGAAGAUGCUGAGCGGGAGAAGAAAGAAAAGGAGGAGGCCCGGAGGAAAAAGGAGAUGGUGGAGCAGAUGGAGAAAGCUCGUCAUGAACCUGUCAAUGACUCAGAUAUGGUAGACAAGAUGUUUGGUUUCCUGGGCACGACAAGCUCUCUCCCAGGCCAAGAGGGACAAGCACCAAGUGGAUUUGAGGACCUGGAGCGGACACAUCAUGAGCUUGAUGUGGAGGAUCUAGAUGAGGCUCUUCCACUGCCUGAGGAUGAUGAUGAGGAAGAUUUAUCAGAGUACAAGUUUGCCAAGUUUGCUGCAACUUACUUCCAAGGCACCACCACCCACUCCUACGUCAGACGGCCACUCAAGCAGCCUCUGCUUUUUCAUGAUGAUGAAGGAGACCAGCUGGCUGCUCUGGCUGUGUGGAUCACAAUCCUAAGGUUCAUGGGAGAUCUGCCUGAACCCAAGUACCACACUGCCAUCAGUGACGGCAGUGAGAAAAUCCCUGUGAUGACCAAAAUAUAUGAAACCCUGGGAAAAAAGACGUACAAGAGGGAGCUGCAAGCUCUGCAGGGCGAGGGAGAGACGCCUCACUCUGAGAUCCAGAAGAGGAACAGCGUCAGACACAAACUGGUGUCCCUCACCCUGAAGAAGAAAUCAAAGAUCACUGAGGAGGUUGCCAAACGCCUCAAUGAUGGUGAGUUUGGCGUGCAUGGAAACAGCAUGCUGGAAGAUCGGCCGACGUCCAACCUGGAAAAACUUCACUUCAUCAUCGGUAAUGGUAUACUGAGACCAGGACUGAGGGACGAGAUCUACUGUCAGAUCUGUAAGCAACUGAGUCAGAACCCAUCAAAGAGUUCUCACGCUCGUGGCUGGAUCCUCAUCUCUCUGUGUGUCGGCUGCUUCGCUCCGUCAGACAAGUUUGUUAAGUAUCUGAGGAACUUUAUCAACGGUGGGCCUCCUGGAUAUGCUCCAUACUGUGAAGAACGUCUGAGACGGACCUUCGUUAACGGGACAAGAACACAACCUCCGUCCUGGCUGGAGCUGCAGGCCACUAAGUCAAAGAAGCCGAUAAUGCUGCCAGUGACUUUCAUGGAUGGAACGACAAAAACACUCCUGACAGACUCGGCCACGACGGCUAAAGAACUCUGCAGCGCUCUGUCGGACAAAAUCAACCUGCAAGACCGCUUUGGAUUCUCACUGUACAUCGCCCUGUUUGACAAGGUUUCAUCCUUAGGCAGUGGCAACGACCAUGUGAUGGAUGCUGUCUCUCAGUGUGAGCAGUAUGCAAAGGAGCAGGGAGCCCAGGAGAGGAACGCCCCCUGGAGGCUGUUCUUCAGAAAGGAGAUCUUCACACCAUGGCACAACCCAAAUGAUGACCUUGUCGCCACCAACCUCAUCUAUCAACAAAUUGUCAGGGGUGUCAAAUUUGGAGAGUACCGCUGUGACAGAGAUGACCUGGCAGAGCUGUCCUCUCAGCAGUACUAUGUCGACUACGGUUCAGAAAUUCUUCUAGAACGCCUGCUCAGCCUCAUCCCCUCUUACGUCCCGGACAGAGAGAUCAGCACCUCUAAGACGGUGGAGAAGUGGGCUCACUUCGUCAUGGCGGCUCACAAGAAGGGCAUCUACACCCAGAAGAGGUUUGACCCUCAAAAGGUGAAGGAGGAGGUGGUGGACUUUGCUCGUCACAAGUGGCCACUGCUCUUCUCUCGCUUUUAUGAAGCCUUCAAAUUCUCAGGUCCGAGUUUGCCUAAAAAUGACCUGAUCGUCGCUGUCAACUGGACUGGUGUUUAUUUUGUGGAUGAGCAGGAGCAGGUCCUGUUAGAGCUGUCCUUCCCAGAAAUCUCUGCAGUUUCCAGCAGCAGAGGAGGAAAACUACAGGGUCAGAGUUUCACCAUGGCAACCAUCAAAGGUGACGAAUACACCUUCACCUCCAACAAUGCAGAAGACAUUCGUGACCUGGUGGUGACCUUUCUGGAGGGUCUGAGGAACAGGUCUAAGUUUGUGGUGGCAAUACAGGACAACCCUAACCCCACUGGGGAGGAGUCCACGUUCUUGAGCUUCAUGAAGGGAGACCUGAUCCUGUUGGACCAGGACACGGGUGAGCAGGUUCUGAACUCUGGUUGGGCUCAUGGUGUGAAUGAACGCACCGGUCAAAGAGGAGACUUUCCAGCUGACUGUGUCUAUGUUCUGCCCACAAUGACUCGACCUCAGCAAGAAAUAGUGGCGCUGGUCACCAUGACACCAGAUCAGCGUCAGCAGUCGGUCCGAGUGUCACAGCUCGUUAUGCAGGACACUGGUGACAAGAUGAAACCAUACACACUGGAGGAGUUUUCUUACGACUACUUCAGGCCUCCUCCCAAACACACUCUGAGCAGAGUGAUGGUCACCAAGAAUCGUGGGAAAGACAAAAUGUGGAGCUGCACCAGAGAGCCGCUCAAACUGCCACUGUUGAAGAAGGUCGUCAACCAUGAGGAGCUGGCUCAGGAGGCCUGCAUGUCCUUCAUAGCUAUGAUGAAGUACAUGGGUGACUAUCCAUCUAAGCGGACACGCGCUGUCAACGAGUUGACAGACCAGAUUUUUGAGGGGGCACUAAAGGCUGAACCCCUGAAAGACGAGACCUUCUGUCAGAUCAUCAAACAGCUCACUGACAACCACGUCAAGUACAGUGAGGAGAAAGGCUGGGAGCUGCUCUGGCUGUGUACUGGUCUCUUUCCACCCAGUAACGUGUUGCUGCCACACAUUCAGCGUUUCCUCCAGUCUAAGAGACACCACCCACUCUCUACAGACUGCAUGCAGAGACUGCACAAAGCCCUGCGUAAUGGAUCCAGGAAGUACCCUCCUCACCUGGUGGAAGUGGAGGCUAUCCAACAUAAGACCACACAGAUUUUCCACAAAGUCUACUUUCCUGACGACACAGACGAGGCAUUCGAGGUGGAAUCCAGCACCAAAGCAAAGGAAUUCUGCCAGAACAUUUCCACACGGCUGCUGCUGAAAUCUCCUGAAGGCUUCAGCCUCUUCGUCAAGAUCUCAGACAAGGUGAUCAGUGUACCAGAGGGGGAUUUCUUCUUUGACUUUGUCAGACAUUUGACCGACUGGAUCAAGAAAUCUCGGUCUGCAAAAGAAGGUAUCAUUCCCUCUCUGACAUACCAGGUGUUCUUCAUGAAGAAACUGUGGACGACUACAGUACCAGGAAAGGACACUUUUGCAGACUCCAUCUUCCAUUAUUACCAGGAGCUACCUAAGUACCUUCGAGGCUACCACAAGUGUUCACGAGAAGAGGUUUUCCAGCUUGCGGCGCUCAUCUACCGCGUCAAGUUCGAAGAUGAUAAAUCCCACUUUCCUACAAUUCCCAAGAUGCUUCGGGAGUUGGUUCCCCAGGAUUUAAUUCGCCAAAUGUCGCCAGAUGAUUGGAAAAGGUCUGUGGUGGCGUAUUUUAACAAACACGCUGGAAAAUCAAGGGAAGAGGCCAAGCUGAUGUUCCUCAAGAUCAUUUAUAAAUGGCCGACAUUUGGCUCAGCCUUCUUUGAGGUCAAGCAAACCACAGAGCCCAACUACCCAGAGAUCCUGCUCAUCGCCAUCAACAAACAUGGAGUCAGUCUCAUCGACCCAAAGAGCAAGGACGUUCUGAUCACACACCCCUUCACCAAGAUCUCCAACUGGAGCAGCGGCAACACCUACUUCCACAUCACCAUUGGAAACCUGGUCAGAGGAAGUAAACUGCUGUGUGAGACCUCACUGGGCUACAAGAUGGACGACCUGCUGACCUCAUACAUUAGUCAGAUGCUGACCACAAUGACUAAGCAGCGCACUGGGAGGGGCCAGAGCAAGUGAACUUCUUACUGGCAGGAGGCCACCGAGCUCAUUCGGCACCUCCGUCCUAUUGGCCAGCACUGCAGUUGGGGGCGGACCUUUGCCUACCAGCUGUGGAGGAUGAGCCGCAGUCCUUCUGCUAGUUCAGAAGGGUCAAAGUUCACCUGGGAGAGCUCUGCCCUGAGUAGCGACGACCCUGGCGAGGGGCCGAGUAACUACUUAAAUCACUACUACUACGAGGAUGACGAUCUGUCCAGUGAGGACGACUACCUCUGACGUCUCCGUCCUGCAGGUCACAGCUUCUGCUGUGAAACACCUACAGUAUGUUUACAGAAACACACACAUGACUUCUGCCAUGUCACGUCACGUACUAAUGAAACAGAAGAUGAUUGUGAUGAUUGGAAUAAUGACAUUUGUGAAAAUUUCAUCAUUCCUGAAAUCUGUUUACCUGGAGACACAGAGACUCAUUAUUAUUCUUUUUUUUUAAUUGAUCUCUCUUGGGAUGUGGGGAUUUCUAACACUGAGUGCUGAAGGCAGCUCUCUAAGAUGGACAAACCAGUGUCUGUCAUUCCCAACAUCCAAUAAGAGCUUGUAAGUUCACUAUGUUUUGCACCAACACUGGCCACUAGGGACACAGAGUCCUCGAGCUUUUAAAUGAUAGAAUUUAAAAGCUCUAGGUCUCUCUCUGUCUCUGUCUCUGUCUCUCUCUCCUGUGUCUUUCUGCCCUGAGUUUGACCCUGAAACAGAACUUUAAAAAAACUGUUAUUUUUAUUAUGCCUCCAGCACUCGGUGUAAGACACACUCCCUAACACGAAGGUGUGACGUUUGAAGUAGAAUUCCAGUAUAUGAUUGUGUACAGGAACUUCACGCCUCUGAAGUAAGUGAAAAGCCUUAAAUACAAUGUACAGGCGAUCCAUGAACUAUUGUUACAUUCCACAACUGAGAAGUGUUUUUUCCACCUUGGAAUAGUUUGAACGAUUCUACAGCUAAAACUUUUAAUUAGUUAAAGACUAUAAAAAAUAUUAUAAUGUUGAAAGUAUGAUUAGAAAUAUAAAAGUAAAUAAAUAUAUAAACAUAAUGAGGAAUCACAGACAUUUUUGUCACAUUUGGUCAAUUCUAACACAGUAGCUCGUUGUUCUUUGCUGACAGUUUAAAUGCAUGUUAAUAGAUGUCACUAUACUGUAAUAUUAGUUAGUACAUCACUGUAUGCUAACUACACUUUCACCUUAAAUUACAUAAUGACUCAUGGGUCUGCCAGGAAACAACACAUUGACCUGUAGGUGGGGCUGUCGUGAAGCAAAUGAGGAUGUAAAGUUUUAUUUUUUUCACUAAUUAUUUUUGUUGUUGACAAGCCAUCGAUAAUGUUAAAUCAACCUAAUCGAUCUUAACUAAUUGGCAGUGAAGCUGCGAAAACUUUUAUUUCUCCUUGUUGCAUGUUUUUGUUUUUGUUUUGAAUCUCUAAAAAAAAUUGAACUUGUGUGUUAAAGCUUCAUGAUAAAAAAGAGGUGCUCCUCAUUUGUUAAUCACUAAUUUUAACCUGUGUAAUUAAAUAUUAAAAUGUUUCUAAAACUGAUAAACACUGAAGAUGUUCAUAGUCAUCCUACGUCAACCACAAACUCUACUUUACUUUAAUGUAAUUGCAGAAUCUACCAGCAGAUGUCAGAUUUAUGUCCCACAAUGAACCAGUUUAUGAUUACCAUGGGACAAACCAAAACUAGGGCGACGUACUGCAGUAGAUAAACUUAAACAAAAUGUUUAUCUGGUGCAAACUGUUCCAGUUCAACAGAUACAACAUUACAUUGGAAAGUGAUUGUCAACUUCCCUAACAUAAAGAACUUUUCAGACCUUUGAUAACAAAAUUAGGAAGAUUUGUAUUUAACUUUUCUAAACAUGUUUUUAAACUCACAAUUUAUUUAAUUUUAUUUAACAGUUUUUUUAACAGAGCUAAAUAAAAGGCGUUAACAUUGUGUCACAAAAGUUUGGAAAUUGUUGUGUUUGUAUUUUUUCUUUUCAAUUCUGCCUUUAACUGCUCUGUGUUCUGACUAUUGGAAAAAAGAUGUUCAUUAAAUGGUGCCAAUUA